AUGGCUGAGAUCCGUCGCAAGCUCGUCAUCGUUGGCGAUGGUGCCUGUGGGAAAACUUGUUUGUUGAUUGUCUUUUCCAAGGGCACAUUCCCUGAGGUCUACGUCCCCACUGUCUUUGAAAACUACGUUGCCGAUGUCGAGGUCGAUGGAAAACACGUCGAAUUAGCCCUAUGGGAUACGGCUGGCCAAGAAGAUUACGACCGUCUUCGACCUCUAUCCUACCCGGACUCUCAUGUGAUCCUCAUUUGCUUUGCUAUCGACUCCCCCGACUCGCUUGAUAACGUUCAGGAAAAGUGGAUUUCCGAGGUCCUUCACUUCUGCCAAGGUCUUCGUAUCAUCCUCGUCGGUUGCAAGUGCGAUCUGCGACACGACCCCAAGACCAUUGAAGAGCUGGCAAAGACAUCUCAGAAGCCUGUCACCCCGGAACAGGGUGAGGAGGUGCGCAAGAAGAUUGGUGCCUACAAAUACCUCGAGUGCUCGGCCAAGACCAAUCAGGGUGUCCGCGAAGUCUUCGAGUCUGCCACCCGUGCCGCCCUGUUGACCCGCAAGAGCGGAAAGAGCAAGAAGUGCUUGAUCUUGUAG